UACUCAACUUCUUCAUCACCCCCAUCUUUCUUUCUUUCUCCUGCCACCACAACCAUUUUACACAAUGGCAACAACCACCGCCUCCCUCACCGGCACCAUGGCCAGCACCACCUUCCUCCGCCGCCAACAACCAACCAUCUCCAACAAACCAUCAGCCCUUUUUGGGCUCAACAAAUCCACUUCCAAAAACCGUGGAGUGACCAUGAUGGCCACAUACAAAGUGACCCUCAUAACCCCAGAAGGAAAGACAGAGCUCCAGGUCCCAGAUGAUGUCUACAUUCUUGACCACUGUGAGGAAGAAGGAGUUGACUUGCCAUACUCAUGCAGGGCUGGCUCAUGCUCUUCAUGUGCUGGUAAGGUAGUAUCUGGCACCCUUGACCAAUCAGAUGGAAGCUUUCUUGAUGAUGACCAAAUUGAAGAAGGUUGGGUGCUUACUUGUGUAGCUUAUCCAACCAGUGAUGUUGUUAUCGAGACUCACAAGGAGGAAGAACUUACUGGCUAAUUAGUUUUGAGUUCCUUUGUUUUAAUUGAUAUUCAUUGUAUUUGAUCUACUUGAUGUUUUUUCAUAAAAGAUGAAUGUAAUGCUUUAUAUGAUUUGUAUUGAGCAUGGAUCAAAUAUAUAUUUAUACCAA